GGCCGGAAGUGUGGCAUGGAGCUACCGGAAGUGAGUGCAGUGGCGGGCGGAAGUGUGGCAGUCCUAGACCGGAAGUACUGUCUUGAAAGCGACAGACCGGAAGUGCGGCAGCAACCAAGAGGCGGAGCAGCGGCCAAAGACCGGAAGUGUGGCAUGAAAAGACCGGAAGUGCCGGUGCCUCACGCGGCGAUGGCGGCGCGGGGCUCGGCGCGGCGGCUGCGGCCCCGAGGGCGGCGGCGGCGGCGGGAAGGGGGACCGCGGGGAGGAGCGGGGGAAGAGGAGGAGGAGGACGGAGCGGGAGAGGGGCCGCAGGUUUACGUGCCGGGUUUGGCGCCGCCGCUGGAGCCGGACGAGGAGCUGGUGAUGGACGAGAGCGCCUACGUCCUCUAUCACCGCGCGGGAACCGGUGCCCCCUGUCUGACCUUUGACCUCAUCCCGGACGCUCUGGGGGAGGGGCGGGAGGUGCCCCCCCUCUCGCUCUUCCUCUGCGCCGGCACUCAGGGACCCACGGCGGCCGCCAACAGAGUGCUGGUGAUGAAGAUGCAGAACCUUCACGGGCUGCGGCGGCACCGGGACGAGGAGGAGGAGGAGGACGAGGAGGAAGAGGAGGACGAGGAUGAGGAGGAGGAGGCGCGGCAGCCGCAGCUGCUCCUGGCCAUGGCGCCCCACUUGGGGGGCAUCAACCGCCUGCGGGUGGCGGUGCUGGGCGCGGGGCCGGUGGCGGCGCUGUGGUCGGAGCUCGGCGAGGUGGAGAUCGUGGACCUCGGGGGGGCCCUGGGGGUACUUGGGGGGCUGGAGGAGGGGGGGGCGCCGGGGGGACUGGUGAUGCGCGAGCCUGGGGCGCUGCCCCCCCUCCACACCUUCCGAGGCCACUUGAGCGAAGGCUUUGCCAUCGACUGGGCCCCCACCGUGCCCGGCCGCCUGCUGAGCGGGGACUGCCGGGGGGCGCUGCACGUGUGGCGCCCGCACGAGGCCGGUUGGGCCGUGGAUCAGCGCCCGCUGCCCGGGCACCGCGGCUCCAUCGAGGACCUGCAGUGGUCGCCCUGCGAGGAGUCGGUGUUCUGCUCCGCUUCCGCCGACGCCUCUGUGCGCGUGUGGGACGUGCGCGCGCCCCCCCCCCGCGCCUGUCAGCUGACCGUCGAGCGCGCGCACGACGGGGACGUCAACGCGCUGAGUUGGUGCCGCCCCGCCCCGCGCUUCCUGCUGAGCGGCGGCGACGACGGAGCCCUCCGCGUGUGGGACCUGCGGCGGAUCCAGACGGGCAGCGCGGUGGCGACCUUCAAGCAGCACUCAGGGCCGGUGGUGUCGGUCGAGUGGCACCCGAGCGAGAGCGGCGUUCUGGCGGCGGCCGGUGCCGACGACGUCCUCAGCCAGUGGGACCUCGGGGUGGAGCGCGACCCCCAAGUGGGGGGCGAGGAGGGGCCGGCGGCGGCGCUGCCCCCACAGCUGCUGUUCCUGCACCAGGGCGAGCGCGAGCUCAAGGAGCUGCACUGGCACCCGCAGUGCCCGGGGCUGCUGCUCUGCACCUCCCGCAGCGGCAUCGCCGCCUUCCGCACCAUCAGCGUCUGACCCACAGGUUGGGGGGCGCCCCACAAGUGUCAGCAACCUCCCUGCGCCAUUGGCUGAGGAGAUCGGGGACCCACGAGUUGGGGGCUGAGAAGAUCAGGGACCCACAGGUGCUGCCCCCCCUGCACCAUCGCCACCUUC